UUGUGUGUGCUGAAGCGGGACGUCUCUGACUGUGAGCUGUCACUUUGGGGAAGAGGAAUGAAGAACUUCUACUUGGUGUAUGAGUGUUUUUCGAAGAUGUUUAGAUGCUGAUAAUCUUCUGCCUUUUUGUCUGGUUUUCAGCUGCAUGUGGCUGCUUUUGCACUUUUAUGAGGAAUGAUCUAAGGUGCUUCUUCUACUGUCUUCUGAAUGUGCUGCUGAUUCUUCUAUGGACACAGAUUGAGGUGCGGCGUCCAGUUCAAAUAAAAUAAAGUGGAGAGAGGAAGAUGCCGGUCCCGCCUCCCCCACCACCCCCAGGGCCUCCCCCUCCUCCCACCCUUGCUGUUGCCAACACAGAGAAGCCAAAUCUAAGCCGUUCAGAGCAGCAUGGAAGGAAUGCUUUGCUGUCUGACAUUUGUAAAGGAUCCAGAUUAAAGAAAGCUGUCACUAAUGACCGCAGUGGACCUUUACUGGAUAAACCCAAAGGAGGAGGAGGAGGUGGAGGUGGAGGAGGAGGUGGCGGAGGAGGCGGCGGCGGCGGAGGAGGUGGUGGAGGAGGUUUUGGUGGUGGGGCACCUGGUGGUUUAGGAGGCCUGUUUGCAGGAGGGAUGCCAAAGCUGAGGUCUGCAUCAAACAGAGAUUCUAGUGACUCAGGACCUACUCGAGGGCCCUUUCCCCCCCCAGGAGGCCGCUUUAGUGGGCCCACUCCCUUCGGUGGCGGUGGAGGCCCGCCUAAAUUGCCAGGAGCCCCCGCUGGUGUCCGCAGCAACGUCCCUGAUCUUCCCAAAGGUCGGCCCAAUCUCCCAUCGAGACAAGACACUUCAGGAGGCCUCCCUCCUCCCGUACCCAACACACCUCGACCAAACCAGUCUCGUGGGGGCCCACCUCCACCAGCACUCCCCGGAGGCCCCAGGCCCUCCCAGGGCUCUGCACCGAUACCUUCUAGUGCUCCGCCAGGGAGGCACGGACCUCUCCCUCCCCCGCCAGGAGGCUCCUCUCCUGGACCAAAACCCGGAUUCCCUGCACCUCCUCAUCCACCCUCAAACAACAGCCGACCUCCCUUUCCACCUGCUCCUGGAGGUAGGCCUCCCCUUCCCGAUGACAGACCCCCACCGCCACCAGUAGGAGGUCAUCGGCCAUCUAUGCCCCGCGAUAUACCCCCUCCACCUCCUUCUGUCAACUCCAAACCUUCUUCAUCUGUCCCUUCCUCCUCUGCCUCUCGGCCUUCAGUUGGUGGGGGUGCGCCCCCUCUCCCGCCGGGCCGACCGGGCCCUCCUCCUAUCCCACCAUCCCCAGCUGGAGGGGACGACAACAGCACCCCUCGGCUGCCCCAAAGGAACAGCUCACUCAACAGCCACGGUCCGGCUCCGCCUCACGGUCGGACAGGACCUCUCCCUCCUCCGCCAAACGAGAGGCCGCCGUCUCUUGGCAGGAACCCAGCCUCGGCACGCACAGGGCCUCUUCCUCCUCCUCCUCCCUCAGGGCGUAGUGUGGGCAGCGUGAGGUCAUCGACAGCUCCUUCUCCUAUUGGCCGGUCUGGCCCGGAGCCUCCUCGAGGUGGACCCGGCGGAAGACCUCCCCUCCCUCCAGACAGGCCGGGUUCAGGAGGGCUCCCUCCUCCACCACCACCCAUGGGUAACGGCUUCCAAAACUCUCACCAAAACCAGAUACAGGAUGAGUGGGAGUCUCGAUUCAAUUUCCAUCCUGUGUCAGACCUUCCCCCACCUGAGCCCUAUGUGCACUUCCAGAAGAUCUACCCCAGCAAGAUUGCUAAGACUGACGGCAAAGGUUCUGGUAAAAAGGAGAGAGGAGCUCCACCUCUUCCACCUAUACCCAGGUGAAGAUGUGGCAGCAAACACGACCCCUGGAACUACUUUUUCUGUUGCCCAUCUCUCUCGCUUUCUCUGUGUUCCACUCAUUUGCGCUUUUACUCGUGGCUUUGGUUCAUCUAUGGACUGCACAUAAAAUGGACAUAUCUUUGGCCAAGAAAAAGGACGGACUCACAAUGUGGAGUUUACACCAUGUGCCUCUGCAGCAGCAGAGUGGCGCCAUCCAAACACCAAAGCCUGUUCAUUUUCCGGUACAGUUUGUUUUAGAUAAGAAGAAAAAAACCACCGGCUCCGGAUCCUUUGCUUGCCAUAAGUUGCUUGCUAGAUAUUUUACAAACUAGCAAUACUUUUAAAACAGAAGACAAAGUCUUACUUGACAAAUAAACCUGCGUUUGGCAGGUAGCACACAUGCAUGCAUGUUUACCCAGCAUAGACAGCAUUAGGUGAAGCUAAAUCAACAUCAUAUGGCAACGUUAUUGUCAACAUCGGAGUCCCAGGGUUACAGAACAGGCCUUUUAAUUCAGCCGGUUUCCUCCAGGUGUGCUGACAAACUCUCUUCUCGUGCCUUUUUCUAUUCAGGAUUGUAAUGUUUUCAGGCUGCUUAAAUGAGUUAAGGGAAUUAGCCUUUUGUGCCUUAAAUUAUGUCUGUAUGUUUGUUCAGCUGGAUUGGAUCAUCUCUGCUGAUGUAAAUGCAAAAACGGAAGCAAUACAGCAGCACGAUUGCCACAUCUUGAAUAUUUAGCAAACAUUGACGCGGACAGACACGGAUUCAAACUGCUGCAGAAAACGUUAUUGGAAAAGCAGGUGUUUAAUUUGCCAAAGCCACAUGUGCCUUCACAGUGUGUGUAUUUACGUGUGUGUUUCUGUUGCAACCACUGAACGGUACUUUUCAUUUGUUAAAUGUGACGUGAGCGCGCAUUUAAUGUUCAUGAUUGAGAUGUUUCAAAGGAUGUUAUGGCAGCACGAGUUUACAGUAGAACAGAUUCUUAUUUUGCUGUUUUGUUUAAAGCUGCCUUGACUAUGGAGGACCUGUGUAUGUAUCUGUAUGAUUUAAUCAAGAAGGACUGUAUUAUUUUAAGUUAUAUGUCUGAGCUGUGCAGUAUUAGGGUUUUUUUUGUUUGUUUGUUUUUUUGCUUCACCCUGCACUGCUUUGAAUGAUUUUUUUUUGUAUACAGGAUGUAUUAUUAUCAUGUGUUGGUCAAAGCAGCAUUUUCUUAAAGACAAUCAUAUGGAAGUAAAUCUAUUGACAUCAACAAAUAAAACGCUUUAAGAGGCUUUAUGUGCUCCACAUGGGGCAAAAUGUGGUUUUAUUGGACUGAUUGGACAUUUUAAAUAAUUUGACAUUCUCGCACAUAGAAGGACAAACAAUUGAUCAGACAUGUAAUGGAUGUCAGCAUCCAGCUGAAGUGAUAUAUUAUGUAUUAUCCAAUAAAGAAUAUUUGUGCAAUAA